AUGUUGCUUCUAUUGAUAAAGUUGUUGAUCGCGGCUGCAGUGCUAGAAUCGCUCGAUGUGCCAGUUCUGCCAGGCCUAUCAGUUCGCAUAGCUGGUGGUGAUACCGCAGAAUACACCCCCUGGAUCGCAGCUCUAUCAUUUGGAGAUGUUAACAAGAGAUUUCAAUGCGCCGGAUCUAUUAUCACUGAUAGACAUAUUUUGACAGCUGCUCAUUGUGUGGAGUCGGCGUUUUAUAAUGGCCAAUUGGCAAGCACGUACAUGGCAACCGUGGGAACCAACGUGAGAGAUGGUUCUGGGCAAAACUACAAAAUAAUUAAGAACUACACUCACCCAGAAUUUACAUUACAAUAUGUUAAAAACGAUAUUGCCAUUCUGGUGACAAACUCCAGUAUAGAGUUCUCAAUGAUGGUGCAACCAGUAACCGUCAAUUUUAACAGAGUAAAUGAUGGAGUCGCUGCAAUAAUUUUGGGAUGGGGCAGUCAAUCUCUCCGAGGAAACACAAGCCAAGAACUUAUUGAGUUAGAGAUGGUCACUAUAAACUCCACGUAUUGUUUCGAUGAAACACGUCGCGUAGGAAAGUCUCUGAACCUCAUCCCUCCCUUCAUAGAUUCUGAGAAGGAAAUAUGCGCAUAUAGGGCACCGGGAAAAGGAACGUGUAAGGGUGACUCCGGCAGUCCCCUCGUAUGUGCAGACAACGAGGAACAAAUCGGCCUAACUUCCUGGGGCAUACCAUGCGCUCUAGGGGCACCAGAUAUGUUUACACGGAUCAGUAACUAUAAGGACUGGAUCAUGAGCGUGCUUGCUGAUAUGCAGUAUGAAGACAAAUUGAGCUGGAGUAUGAGGGAAUGUCCUAAGAACGAGUAUAUUUAUUGA